AUGGCGCCCCCCGAAGCCUCUAGCUGGCGGCUUUUAGGACGCGCCGACCCAGCUCGUCGUCCUCCUCCUCUUCCCACGCUUCCCUCGACUCCCACACUUCCUUUGGCGCCCGAGAUUCCCUCGGCUCUCCCUCGUGGCCGUAAUCCUCGGGGUCUGGAACGGCAGCCAGAUGCCCGGCCGCGGCCCAAGACUGCCUCGAACUUGUCGGCGACCGAGGGGAGCUUUUCUUCCGGCAACAUGGAAGGGGCCAUGCUGCUCAAGAGCAGCAUCGGAAGUCGUCGCACGAGGGAGGAGGUGGCUAGCCUCGUCGACUUCCUCAAGAAUCACCCGCCCCCGCCGGGAAACUUCAUGUCGAUUCCCUACGGCGGCGGUGCCGAAGACGAGCACGACGACCGGAGCCGACUGGCCAAGAAGUUCAGGAAGCUCAGGGUCGGCCGGAGGAGCAAAUCAAUGCCUAGGGCCCCCAAAAAUCUACCGCUCCCGGACUCGGCCGUCUCGGGCACGACCAUCGGCGGCCAUCGACACAUCGCCAUCACCAUCCCAAUGGAGGCCGUACCCAUCGCGGACCAUGCACCGGCUCAGCCCCCCAUCCGCCCUCCGCCGGGUGGUCCGGCGGCACCGGCCAGGAAGGGGACGGUUCGCACCUUUGUCAACGAAAAGGGCGUCGUGACGGUUCUACGGCCCGUCACCGAAGUCUCGGAGCCCCCGAGCACCGCGCCCUCGCGAUCCGGUUCCCCCCAUUCCGCCAUCCAUCGGCGAAGCAGGAUGGCUCCGCUGUCGAUACAGCAACCGCUCGGAGGCGCCGGCGGCGGCAAGCCGUACGACUACAUCGGCAUCCUGCCCACGCCCCUCGACACGCCUCUGCUCGACGACGGCUCGGCACCCUGGAACCGCUCGGCGUCGCCCGAUGACAGUCCCGGCUCCGGCCCCGGCCACGGCAGGCAGGAUUCCCUGACCUUUGAGCGUUCGUCCUAUCCUGCUCGCGGCUCGAGCAUGAAGGCAAGUCGCAACGUAACUCCCGUCUCCAUCGACGGCUUGCUGUCGCAGCAGAAGUCUUGGUCCAAUUCUACGCAUCGACGGAGCGGCCGCAGCUGUUCUGGCUCGUCCGAAAGCCAAGAGGCGAGACCCAGAGUGCCGACGGAAAACGCACAGCGCAGCCCGUCGAGAUGCACGAAGCUAGCUCUCGCCGUCGACAAUGGCAAUUCUUCCACGGGAACCGGCGAGGACUGCCAAUGUCAGGCGCGCAUCAUCAUUCCGGAGAAGCCCGUCGUCUCGGCCCGAGACGACUCGCGGCCGACGACGCCGGCAUCGAGCAAGAGUCGCAAGGAUGCCGUUCGCGAUAGGAAGCGGCGCGACCUGGAGGUCAUGCAGGGCGCCAAGCAAACAAAGGAGCGCGGCCGGGAGAGCGGCUCGCAAGGGGACGAGGCGGAAUCGGACGGGGAGUCGCCCAGACGACGAGCGCAGCCCGGCGACGGCGGCGACGCUCGUCAGCAGCAGCUGACGUUGAGCUGCCCCAUGGUGGUGGUGGACGUCGAGCCUUGCCCAUCCCCUCGCGAGAGCCAACCGAGGACAGCGACGAUGCGAUUCUCGGCCGAAGCCCUGCCGUGGAUGGGCGAUCCGAACAUUCCCUCCCCUCCCAUUUCCUCCAACGGUUCUCCUCCCCCGACCUUCUGCGCCUCGGCCCUGGAUCGCGCCUCGUUCACGCGCCGUCGCGAGUGGAAGGCCAUCUUCGAGCACGAACGCAGAGCCCGAGAAGCCUUGGCCUUGGCGAGCGCCUUGUUUGACGAGAGCAGCGGAUCGCAGGCGGACAGGGGAGCCACGCGGGCCGAGCACCUCCGGGACAUGGAACGUCGCGUGCGGCACUUUGAACGCAACGGCGACGUCUGGCUGCGCGCGCUCGCUCCCGUCUUCGACGAGCAGGAUGGCUGCCUCGUGGCGGCAAGCAGCAUACCCCUCGACUGCAGCUACGGGCGGGAUUGGGUCUCGGACGACGAGGCGUCGACGACGACGGAGCGCACCCGUCGCGGCCCGCGCAGGGCAGCCGGACGGAGGAGCCUCUCGCAUGGCCGUCUCGUCAUCGAGCUGGCGGCCGACGAGCGGGAGAGUGGCGAUGACGCCUCGAGCGACGACGUCGGCGGGAGCAACGACACGAACCGUCUCCCCGCCAUGGAGCUGCCGACGACGCCACGGUCGAGCCCGGGGGUUGGCUGGCCGAGGACGGUGCAGGUAAGGCCGAGCAUCGGCAUCGGUGCCAUGUAG